AUGGACCUGAAAAAUACCGACAUUCACCCAGUUGCGACCAUAUCAAGCAACAUCGACAGAAUGCAGCCGGAAGCUCAUCAGGUUGAUUUGCAGGCAGUAGCUUCUCAUCCAAUAUCAAUUGGUGAAGUAGGUACUCAACUAAGCUCAGACCAAAAGUUUAUUAUUUUGAGAAGAUUGGGCUUAGAAGGAUUGGAGUCUUUGGAAGACUUGCCGCUAUCGGCUACUUUUAUGAUUGAAAAAGUUGAACAGCUUUCGGAAGAUGAAGCAGUGGAAAUCUUAACAGAAGCUCUUGAAACGUACGACCAAGACUCGAACUUUCCUUCCGAUGUAUAUGAGUUGAUUGAAACCCUUGUUAGUAAGGCUCCAACUAGUAAAACUGCUGAAAAGUUAGAUGCUUUAUUUACUAAAGGUCAUAGUGUUGUUGAGGAGACUGCUUUCAGUGACUCUGACAGUUCGUUGGAGGCCAAUAAGGUGGACUUGGUUCAUGUAUUUGACUUGUCAUUCCAACUCAAGUUAGAAGCCUCUUUGAUUGCUUACCACUCACCUUAUCCUGAAGUCAGGGCCGUCUGUGAAAGUUAUGAUGACCCUACCUUAUACUGUGAAACCCCAAGGGUUUACUUAUUGGGACUUAUUUGGACAGCCAUUGGGUCGUUCAUCAACACAUUUUUCCACAACAGACAACCUGCUAUCGUAUUGAGUGCUUCCGUUGUGCAAAUCUUCCUCUACCCAAGCGGAAUAUUGUUAGCAGCCAUUGUGCCCAAAUGGAAAUUCAAGAUUUGGAGAUAUACUUUUGACUUGAAUCCCGGUCCUUGGAACUAUAAGGAACAAAUGCUUGCCACUAUCUUUUAUUCUGUAUCUGGAGGCACUCCUUACGUAGUUGAUAACAUCAAUGUCCAGAAGAUGGAAAUGUUCUACAACAAUCAGUGGGCUAACUUUGGAUACCAAAUCUUAUUAAUGCUUUCCACCAAUUUUUUGGGUUUUGGUUUUGCUGGGAUCAUGAGACGAUUUGCCGUGUAUCCCACCAAGAGUAUCUGGCCCACUGUGUUGCCCACUUGUGCUUUAAACGCUGCCCUUUGUCGUCCCGAAAAAAAGGAAAAUAUCAACGGCUGGACCAUUUCAAGAUACUACUUUUUUUUGGCAGCAUUUUCUUUCCUGUUUGUGUAUUAUUGGCUUCCAGAAUACCUCAUGCAGUUUUUAUCUACGUUCAACUGGAUUACAUGGAUUAAACCAACCAAUCAAACGCUUGCAGAAAUAACUGGCUCUGUGGGAGGAUUAGGAUUUAACCCAUUUCCUACCUUUGACUGGAAUAUUCUUGAUUACAACGCUGCCUUAACCUGGCCCUUCUAUGCUCAAGUCAAUAACUACUCUGGAAGUGUUUUGGCAUUUUUCUGUAUUUGUGGAGUGUACUAUAGUAACCAUUUGUGGACGGGGUACAUACCCAUCAACUCCAAUGGACUCUUCACUAACAAAGGGGUUUCUUACGAUGUUAAACAGAUUGUCAACUCCAACAGUCUCUUCGAUAAGGAGAAGUACGAGGAAAUUGGACCUCCAUACUAUAGUGCCGCCAACCUUGUACUCUACGGUGCUUUUGAUGCCCUUUAUCCAUUUGCCAUCCUCUAUGAGUGUAUUCUCAACCACAAGCAAAUGUGGCACUCCCUUAAGGGUUUGGCAGGGGUUCUUAAGAACUUCCGUAAGUCUACCUAUGAUGGUUUCCAUGAUCCUCACACCCAGAUGAUGAGGCAAUAUAAGGAAGUACCUGAAUGGGUGUUCACAUGUGUGUUGGUAAUCUCCCUAGUAUUGGCCAUUAUCUGUGUGGAAGUAUACCCAGCCGAAACCCCUGUCUGGGGUAUUUUCUUUGCCCUCGCUAUCAACUUUGUGUUCUUGAUUCCCCUUACGGCCAUCUACUCCACCACUGGUUUCCAGUUUGGUCUCAAUGUGUUGGUCGAAUUAAUUAUUGGAUAUGCCCUUCCCGGUAAUGCUUUGGCACUUAACUUCAUCAAGGCCUUCGGGUUCAACAUCAAUGGCCAAGCUCAGAACUACAUUAGUGACCAGAAGAUGGCCCAUUAUAUUAAGAUUCCUCCCAGGGCCUUGUUCAGAUGCCAGGUUCUUUCGGUGAUAUUGUGUUCAUUUGUGUCGUUGGCAGUGGUUAACUUCCAACUCAAUCACAUUGAGAACUACUGUAGCCCUUCCCAAGCCCAAAGAUUCACCUGUCCCAACUCCAGAACCUUUUACAGUGCAUCGGUGUUAUGGGGAGUGAUUGGACCUAAGAAGGUAUUUGGAGGACUUUACCCGAUUUUACAAUGGUGCUUUUUGAUUGGGGCUUUGUUACCAUUUCCAUGUCUUGCUUUCAAGAAAUGGGGUCCCAGGACCGUCAGAAAGUACUUUCAACCAACUCUUAUCAUUGGAGGUUUCAUGAACUUUGCUCCAUACAAUUUGAGUUACUUUACCAGUGGAGUGUACCUCUCCUUUGCCUUCAUGUACUAUAUCAAAAAGCAUUACCUUUCAUGGUGGGAAAAGUACACCUAUAUUCUUACUGCCGGUUUGAGUGCUGGCGUGGCGUUUUCAUCAAUUAUCAUCUUUUUUGCGGUGCAAUAUCAUGAUAAAUCGAUCAGCUGGUGGGGGAACAAUGUUAUGUACGCAGGAUAUGAUGAACUCAUCACCUCUGUUGGCCGGUUAAAUGCCACAGUUUCGGCUCCAGAUGGAUACUUUGGUCUCAGAAAGGGUCAUUACCCAUAG